GAUUUGUGAGGAUAAACACUUGUUUAAAUAGAACAAAUAAAAAAAUCAUCUUUAGAUUUACUCAUCUAAAGGAGUGAGCCAAAAUAAAAAUGUUUGGAUUAAUUCCAAAGUGGAGGUUAUUUAUAGACCCUUACCAUCCCUCAAGAGCGCAUUUCCAGUGUGGGGCAAAGCUGAAACGAUAAGAUAUUUGGCUUGUACACAUACCAUAUGUGUUUCUUAGCAGCCAGUUAAUUCAUUAAGGCCAGUUUUUAACGUCCGAGCAUUACCAGCACGUCCAAGUUUGAGCAGUUUGAGCAGGUGAUACGAGGGUUUCACUAGCUGUCAGUUUUGUACGCUUGCCCGUGGGAAAUAUAAUUCUGAUUGUUUCGUCCUAUAUUAUAGAACACCGUGAGACUUUGGUUUCGUGUUUAUCUCAUGCCAGCUGUUACAUGUCAUUUGGAAUCCUUCCAAACGCCUAUAGCAUUAUCUUGAAGGGGGGCUGGGUGUGCCUAUGUUCCACUGCAUCCAUAAAACCCCUCCGUUUGCAGCGAACACGGCAUUGAACUUGAAAAAAAAAAGUCCAGAGGAAAGAUGAGUCUUUCUGCUAAGGACAAGGAGAUAGUCAAGGCCUUUUGGGCUAAAGUGUCGGGAAGGGCGGAUAACAUUGGCGGUGACGCUGUUGCCAGGAUGCUGACAGUGUACCCUCAGACCAAGACUUACUUCUCCCACUGGAAGGACCUGAGCCCCAGCUCUGCCCCAGUGAGGAAACACGGAGGAAUGGUGGCAGCUACAAUAACCGAUGCUGUGAACAAAAUCGACGACCUGGCAGGGAGUCUUCUUACCCUCAGUGAGCUGCAUGCUUUCACUCUGCGAGUGGACCCUGCAAACUUCAAGAGCUUCCAUGAUGACUUUUCCAUGAGACGAAACCCUUGGAUUUGAUGUGAUGGCAGCAGCAUUGUAGAGGUUUCCAAAUCCACCGAAAUACCUCUGAGUCCAGGGGUAGACAAUCAGACACCUGCGGAAACAGAAAAUUUUAAAUAGCUCACAAUUACUAAAGAAGAGUCAUAUAUAGAGUCAUAUAAUCUUGCACAUUCUUUAAGGGAGAAACAUGG